UAUAAUAUGCACACUCGGUCUAGUAUCAGCAACAACGCGAACACUCUGCUCAGUAUUAUUUUUGAUUUCAGACAGAAAGAGCAACGCCGUGUGUGAUCCAUAAUGAGUGAAGCAAGUUGGAAAACUGCCGAGUUCUUUAAGGACGCAAUAGUACGCGAUCUUUCCCUGGAGUGUACUGAUUCGUUUACAAUCACAUCAUUCGAAGUUGGCAAGGCGAAUGAAAAAACGGCAGGCUAUAUGUCCAACAUCUACCGGGUGUUGAUCGAGCUGAAGUUUGACAAAGGAACUGCGAAGCCGACAUCGCUGUCAUACAUUGUGAAGGAAAAAACAGACACAGCAUUCGGAAGUGGUCUGGUUGAAUUAAUGUCCGUUUUUCCCAAAGAGAGUGAAGUGUACGAGAAGCUAUUGCCCGCCUUUGAGCGUAUCGUGCAGAACGAAGAAGAAACGGUACGAUUUGGACCAAAAGUAUUGAAAACAACUACCAACCCUGACACGGUAAUUGUGCUGGAGGAUCUUUCGCUCAGUCAGUUUCGGAUGCGGGAGAAAAGUUUCGGUCUUUCUGUAACAGAUGUUAAAAGGAUACUUGAGAAAUUGGCCAAAUUUCAUGCCGCAUCGGUGCUUUAUGUGGAGAAAAAUGGAGCGUUUUCGGAUCUCUUUGCCGAGGGUGUAAUUUCGGAACGCACAAUUGACGCACUGCGCGGACACUACGAGUCGUUAUAUAGUGCCUUUGUACAAAGUUUGCGUGAUCGUAACAUGCCUGCCGAAUACUUGCAGCCACUGAUCAAAUUUGAUGGACAAUUGCUGCGUGAAUGCUGUAAGGCACAGCAGGUGCAUCAUUCUGAGCUGAAAGUCUUAAACCAUGGCGAUCUGUGGCCCAACAAUGUUAUGUUCGGGACAGAUGAUCUACGGUUUUUGGAUUUUCAAACUGCAUCGUAUGGGUCGCCUGCAGCAGAUUUGCUAUACUUCUUUGCCACAUCCGCUACGGAACUGAUGUGUGAUUCGUUGGAGGAGCUGUUGCUAUACUACCAUGAACAUUUGAUAAAAACAUUACAACAGCUGCAGUACUGUAAAUCGAUUCCAACGUACACGGAGCUACUUGAUCAGAUGAGGCGUCGCAGUGUAUUAUUGCUGCCGCCUCUAUCGGAAGCAUUAGCAAUUACGAUGUCUGGCUUGACGGAGCCAUCGGAUAUGGAAAUGAUAACAUCCGAGCAACCGGAAGGCGUUGUGCUACGGAAACUUGUGUACAACAAUCCGGCAUACGUCGCACUGAUUGAUCGGCUGCUUCCCAAGCUUUAUGAAUUACGGUUGUUGAAAUUUCUUACGGAAAAAGCAACGCCGUGUGCAAUGAGUGAAGCAAGUUGGAAAACUGCCGAGUUCUUUAAGGACGCAAUAGUACGCGAUCUUUCCCUGGAGUGUACUGAUUCGUUUACAAUCACAUCAUUUGAAGUUGGAAAGGCGAAUGAAAAAACGGCAGGCUAUAUGUCCAACAUCUACCGGGUGUUGAUCGAGCUGAAGUUUGACAAAGGAACUGCGAAGCCGACAUCGCUGUCAUACAUUGUGAAGGAAAAAACAGACACAGCAUUCGGAAGUGGUCUGGUUGAAUUAAUGUCCGUUUUUCCCAAAGAGAGUGAAGUGUACGAGAAGCUAUUGCCCGCCUUUGAGCGUCUCGUGCAGAACGAAGAAGAAACGGUACGGUUUGGACCAAAAGUAUUCAAAAUAACUACCAACCCUGACACGGUAAUUGUGCUGGAGGAUCUUUCGCUCAGUCAGUUUCGGAUGCGGGAGAAAAGUUUCGGUCUUUCUGUAACAGAUGUUAAAAGGAUACUUGAGAAAUUGGCCAAAUUUCAUGCCGCAUCGGUGCUUUAUGUGGAGAAAAAUGGAGCGUUUUCGGAUCUCUUUGCCGAGGGUGUAAUUUCGGAACGCACAAUUGACGCACUGCGCGGACACAACGAGUCGUUAUACAGUGCCUUUGUACAAAGUUUGCGUGAUCGUAACAUGCCUACCGAAUACUUGCAGCCACUGAUCAAAUUUGAUGGACAAUUGCUGCGUGAAUGCUGUAAGGCACAGCAGGUGCAUCAUUCUGAGCUGAAAGUCUUAAACCAUGGCGAUCUGUGGCCCAACAAUGUUAUGUUCGGGACAGAUGAUCUACGGUUUUUGGAUUUUCAAACUGCAUCGUAUGGGUCGCCUGUAGUGGAUUUGUUGUUCUUGUUUGCCACAUCCGCUACGGAACUGAUGUGUGAUUCUUUGGAGGAGCUGUUGCUAUACUACUAUGAACAUUUGGUGAAAACAUUACAACAGCUGCAGUACUGUAAAUCGAUUCCAACGUACACGGAGCUACUUGAUCAGAUGAGGCGUCGCAGUGUACUAUUGCUGCCGCCACUAUCGGAAGCAGUAGCAAUUACGAUGUCUGGUUUGACAGAGCCAUCGGAUAUGGAAAUGAUAACAUCCGAGCAACCGGAAGGCGUUGCGCUACGGAAACUUGUGUAUAACAACCCGGCAUACGUCGCACUGAUUGAUCGGCUGCUUCCCAGGCUUUAUGAAUUACGGUUGUUGAAGUGAGCUACAAUUUCCUUUACACUUUUAGUAUUUGGAGGGUGAGUUGAAACUUGUAUAAAACUCUCAUUUUUUUAGUAUUAUAGAUCUUCAUUUGUUUUUUAUCUUAAUUAAUUCUAAUGAUAUUAUAAAUGUAUACUAAAUCUAUGUAAAGUACUUAAAGUAAUAAAAAUUCGGAAAAGGUUGAAGUUGCACGAGGUGCCAGAAAUUCGGGAAA